CAUAGGCUUCCCACUAACAGGUUAUAAAGUCGCCCUAAUAGAAUUUUAUUAAAGUUUACUAAGCCGCGAUGGAAAACAACGUCCUUGUUGGCGCUGGGCUGGAUGCAGAAGAGCCACUGGUCCAAUCUGGGGAGGUCUCUCCGGCCACUCGCAAGACUUGUACCCCCCCACAACGUGCCCCCCCACAUCGUACCCCCCCACAUCGUGCCCCCCCUCCCAUGCUCCUGCCCAAUGCUGCCGUCGCUCUUAUACAAGAGCUCAUUGACGACCAUCAACUCAGUAAAGAGCAGCUAAUCAAAAUCUACGAUGACCACAUUCAGAGCAAGCUUCAGGAGCAGGAUUCUCCGGACAGUAUGGACGAUCAGAGUGUGCUUGAGGAGGAGGGGGGCUGUAUCGUGAUGUAUAGGGACACACCCCCUCCGCUAACAAGUGUGGUAACCACGACGACAGAGGAAUUAUCAGAGAUAGGUCAAAAGAGGAAACAUUUUACGCUUGAGGAUGAACUGAAUAUGCAAAUCUCUCCGUUUGUGGAAUGUCUACUAGACCGAGACCAGAGUGUGGUUGCCCAGGUGAUCAAGCGCUACAUGAAUCAGUACUCUAUCCCCCAGCGUGAGGUGGUGGAGAUCACGAACCUCAAUCAAAGCCACCUCUCUCAACACUUCCUCCACGGUGUCACUAUGAAGAGAGCUAAGCGGGUUAAACUAUAUCAGUGGUUUGAAGACGACCAAAAGACAAGAACAGGGAAAGUUCAGAGUGCAGAUGGCAACCUGACUGCUGUGCUCGAGAGCCCACGUGUUGAGGGGAAGAGAAGACCACGCUGGAAAUGGUCACCCAUAUCCACACAGAUCCUCACUGAAGCAUUUAAGAGGAACCAGUUUCCAACUCGGGAUCAACGGCUGGACCUGGCUAGGAUCUGUAACGAAGCCGAGGUUGCCAUGAACAACGGUGCCAAGGUCCGAGGGCCUGAGGGAGACACAGAGGGCAUCACUGAGCAACGGGUCAACACUUGGUUCACUAACAGACGGAAGGGACUGGGUACGCCCAUCACACCACCACCUCCUAACAAAGUGUUCAACUCUACUCCAGGGGGCACACCACUCUACCCUCCACUACUCCACCCAACAAUCCUCCGAGGGGCUAGUCCCGCUACCACACCUGGUAUGACUAGAGGAAGGGUGGAGUUCUUUGGGGGAACCCCCUCCUCUGACAGGGUGACCACACCCACUACUCUACAGUCACUGGUCUCACAGAUACAAGAAUCUCAGGUGAGUCAACAACAGAAGGGACUUUCUCUUAUCCCCUCGUUACUCUCGAGACCCCCUCUGGCCCUACCCCUCGCCCUGUCAUUACCUCAAGGAGUAUCAUCAACAUCCUUAAUGCCUACGCCCCCUCCACCUGGAAGCCAUGCAAACACACCGUCACCAGCUACACACCAUACACCCUUCCACACCGUCGCGAUGCCAUUCAGUCUUAGCCCCGCUCUCAUCUCUCCAAGCCAGGUCCAAGCACUCAUCUCACAGUUCCAUUCUCCUCUCUCGACCGCAACCACAUCACAUGACUCACCCUCGUCUUAUUCCCACAGUGUUCCCGGGAUCCCACUAACUGUUCAAUCUGUCACUAUAGCAUCAGACCCUAACAUACUAGUGAGCCCUAGUUCGCAGGAGGAGAGGUCAAGACUAACGCAACUACCAGGAGGUAUUGUUCUCAGCCCUGGUCAGCUGCAAGCACUAGUGCAACAAGUGCAGACACAGCAAGCACAAAGAGAUGGUCUGCAGAUAGUGGCCCUGCCGUACUCAGCAACUGGAACAGAAUAAUGUGUGUAUGUAUUAUGUGUUCAAUGUCAUGCAAAUAAUUUCUACUGUCUUACAGU